AUGCAUAGCUUUAGAGUCAGUAUAGAUUUCAUAGAUUCUUAUCGCAUCCGGGGUAGAAGCUUUUGGGACCUGUCGCUCAGACAAAAUGUAACAUGGAGUUGGAGGAAGCUGCUAAACAUUAGGCCGGUAAUUCAACAACACUGUUGGACCAAGUUGGGUAAUGGUACUACAACGUCAGUUUGGCUUGAUACAUGGGAUGACGUGUGUCCGUUGAGCUCUUUUAUUACGCCACGGGUGAUAACGAAUGCGGGUUAUACGUUACACACAAAAGUAGCUGAUAUAAAUGAUAACGGUAUGUGGGAUUGGCCUAACGGUUGGACGGAUCGGUACCCGAACCUUCAGACCAUGUCAAACUUUGUUUUAAAUCCAACGGUUCCGGAUAGACUAUUUUGGCGGACCAGAACUGGUAGAGAGGUUGAUUUUAGUGCGUCUGCGGUUUGGGAUGAUAUUCGAGUGGUGCGUGAUGAAGUUCCAUGGACAGGUAUGGUAUGGUUUUCUCAAUCGAUUCCUCGCCAUUCGUUCUUUAUGUGGUUACUGGUAAACAAGAAGUUAAAAACUCAAGAUGUUAUUAGAUCAUGGUGCGUGUCGGGUAAUGCUAAUUUCAAUCUACUUUGUUGUUCGUUGUGUACGGCUGGCCCGGAUUCUCACGAGCACUUGUUCUUCGAGUGCCAAUAUGCAUCGCAGGUUUGGAGUGGUAUUAAAGAGAAAGCUGGUAUGGAUACGGUUCAUAACUCUUGGGAUAGUAUCUAUGAUCACCUUGAACGGUAUGCUAAGUCAACGUCUGCUUGUCACAUUAUUGGGAAGCUUGUGGUUAGUGCUGCGGCGUAUUUUGUGUGGCAGGAGAGGAACCAACGACUUUUCUCAUCAAGGAAAAGGAGUGCAACCAAGCUUAUUGAGGUGAUUCUAGCAACGGUUCGGAUGAAACUGCAAUCUAUGCGAUUCAAGAGGACCAAUCAGAUUCAUGGGAUUCUUCAGGAAUGGAGCUUGCCUCGCGGGUUGCUGAUGGAAGACGAUGACUGUGGUUAA